CCUGACAGAUCUAAAGUAUUUCACCACUGUGUUGAAAGCUGUAGUUUUCUUUUUGUAAUUUUGUUUUGGAUAGUGCUUUGUGUUUCCAACAAAAUGCAAAGUGUUGUGAUCCCACUGCAAACAUACAGUGUUCAGAGAUCACCAAAGAAGGACUACGUUACUUGGUCAUUGUUCAAUUUUAUUUUUUGCAAUGCCUUCUGCUUGGGGUUCAUUGCUCUUAUCUUCUCUUUUAAGACCCGAGACAGUAAUCUGAUUGGAGAUGAGGCUGGAGGCAAAACGAACAGUUCAGCAGCAAAAUGCUUUAACAUUGCUGCAACAAUUGUGACUUUACUACCAGGGAUAACCACAGCUGUGUUCCUUUUAGUCAUGUACACUAGACGUUGAGCUAUUAUAGAUAUUAACUUCUGUAACUGAUUUCUCCUUCACUGUUUAUGUUGGUUACAUACACUGCUGGAAUUUUUCUGAAUAAUAAAACAGCAUACCACAUAGAAUUCCUUCCUGCAUGCUGUCAUGUAAAAUGUUUGCUGCAACGGCAGUUGAAAUAGUCUGACUAACUUGAAUUUAAACAGUAUACAUUUUUGAUGUACUAAACAGUGUGUGUGUGUGGUUUAUGCAUGAAUAUCA